AAUGUACACCUAUUCACUUUCCGGCUUAGUUCGCAAUGUUCAAGUUCGUGAUCUUGUUGUCAGUGGUUGCCUGCGCCUUUGGCGCUGCUGUCCCUGAGGGUCUCCUGCCCCAGGUGGAUGGACGCAUCGUUGGAGGUACUGCCACCACCAUCGGAAGUUUCCCCUGGCAAAUCUCCCUCCAGCGUAGUGGCAGCCACUCUUGCGGUGGUUCCAUCUUUUCAGCCAACAUUAUCGUGACUGCUGCUCACUGCUUGCAAUCCGUAUCCGCCUCCACCCUUCAAGUUCGUGCCGGCUCCAGCUACUGGAGCUCUGGUGGUGUUGUCAGCAAGGUUGCCGCUUUCAGAAAUCACGAGGGAUACAACUCCAACACCAUGAUCAACGACAUCGCCAUCAUUCGGUUGAGUUCUUCCUUGUCCUUCAGUUCGAACAUUAAGGCAAUAAGUCUGGCGACUUAUGCUCCUGUGAACGGUGCGGCUGCUGCCGUCUCUGGCUGGGGAACUCUGUCCUCUGGCUCCAGCUCCAUCCCAGCUCAGCUGCAGUAUGUCAACGUAAACAUCGUCAGUCAAUCCGUUUGUGGAUCUUCUGCCUACAAGUACGGUAGCUCAAUCCGCUCAACCAUGAUCUGCGCUGCUGCCAGUGGUAAAGAUGCAUGCCAAGGUGAUUCCGGUGGUCCAUUGGUAUCUGGUGGCGAUCUCGUUGGUGUUGUCUCCUGGGGUAUUGGCUGCGCCUACUCAAAUUAUCCAGGUGUCUAUGCCGAUGUUGCUGUUCUCCGUUCAUGGGUUAUCAGUGCGGCCAAUUCAAUCUUGUUUGACAUAAUGUUUCGAGUGGUAGCAAUAUUGGUCUGCUUGGCAGUUGGUGCCUGGGCUGGUACUAUUGGCGUAGCACCUAAUCCUUUUGAGCGUGAGGGACGUAUUGUUGGCGGCGAGGACACUACAAUUAGAGCUCAUCCCUACCAAGUCUCCCUGCAAAAGAAAAGCGGUAGCCACUUCUGUGGAGGUAGUUUGAUUAACCACAAUACUGUGGUGACUGCAGCUCACUGUUUACAAGGUCAGAAGGCAUCCAAGAUUUGGGUGCGUUUGGGCUCAACGACCUACAAUGAAGGCGGAUUGCGUGUUGCCGUCGAGAGCCUAAUCUACAAUGAUAAGUACAGCAGCCAGACCCUGCAGUACGAUGUUGGACUACUCAGGCUUGCCGAGAGUGUUGCCGAGACAGAGGAUAUACGUUACAUCGAGCUGGCCAAGGUAACGCCACCAACAGGAACUGCUGCCGUUGUCACUGGUUGGGGCUCUAAGUGUUACUUCUGGUGUAUGACCUUGCCCAAGGUACUCCAAUCAGUAGUCGUUUAUAUCGUUCAGUGGAAGGAAUGUGCUUCAGAUACUUACAAAUAUGGGGACAUCGUAUUGGACACAAUGGUGUGCGCCUAUGAAAAGAAGAAGGAUGCUUGCCAGGGUGAUUCAGGAGGUCCAUUGGUUGCCAACAAUCAAUUGGUUGGUAUUGUUUCCUGGGGAUACGGAUGUGCUCAAACAUUGACGCCCGGUGUCUAUGCCGAUGUUGCAACCCUACGGGAUUGGAUUAUUGAGUACACUGAAAAAUUCCAGGAUGUGGAAUCUCGCAUUAUUGGAGGCGAAGUUACCUCAAUCUACUACGUGCCCUACCAGGUGUCCUUACGGAGAAGGACUAGCAGCAGCAGCGCUUAUGCACACACCUGUGGAGGUUGCUUGAUCAGCGAUCGUGCGAUUCUAACUGCGGCACAUUGUGUCUACAAUCGCUUGGCAGAGAAUUUCCUGAUUGUUGCCGGUACUGAGGUGCGCUCUGGCAUGGAUGGCGGUGUAGUGGCACGUGCAGAAAAGUUAUUGCCCCAUGAGCAAUAUAAUGCAUCGAUAACCGAUAACGACAUAGCCUUGAUCUUUGUCUCACCGCCAUUCCCGGUGGGCACACAUCAGAAGAUAGCCACCAUUCAGGUGGCCAAGGAGCGACCGGUUGCGGGCACAGUGGCCACGGUCUCUGGCUGGGGCACAACCACAGAGGGCGGACUUGCCUCCAUGCAACUGCAACAGGUUCAGGUGUCGCUGGUGGACAACGCUGAAUGUCAGGCACCCUACACUUGGCGACCCAUCUCCGAGGGCAUGCUCUGCGCUGCCGUGCCCGGAGGUGGCAAAGACGCCUGCCAAGGAGACUCUGGCGGACCGCUGGUAGUUGACAAUCAAUUGCUGGGCAUUGUUUCCUGGGGCGAGGGUUGUGCCAGGCCCGAUUAUCCCGUUUCAUUUACAAUCCAUCGAUUAGGGGCUAUUUGGCAUAUUUCAGUCUUUCAGCCGUUGUUAAACAUAAUGCACGCGCCGCUCUUCAUCUGCCUGGCCACCGCGCUUUUGCUGGUCUCUGCUUGGGCGCAUCCUGCCCAGCAACAGGACCGCAGCUCGCCCAAUGGACGCAUUGUGGGUGGCUAUGCGACCCAUGUGGCUGUGCAUCCGCAUCAGAUUUCGUUGCGUCGCAAGGCCAUCAACUCCCCACAAAAUGCAUUCACGCACAUCUGUGGAGGCUCUGUAAUUUGUGGUGGCAAGUAUGUUGUUACGGCGGCGCAUUGCAUCAUUGCCUCCGUUGCAAGUCAGUACAAGGUUGUGGCCGGCACCAGUCGUCGAAAUGGUAGCGACGGAGUCAUUGUCUCCGUAUCCGAGAUCAUCAUGCACGAGAAGUACAAUCCGAACACCUACGACCAUGACAUUGCGGUGCUCGUGUUGAGUUCACCGUUUCCCGUCAAUAACUUUACUAUCAAGGCCAUUGAGCUAGCCAGUGAGGAUGUCGAGGCCGGAUCAAUAAGCACCAUCACCGGCUGGGGCACGACUAGCUCAGGUGGCACAGCUUCCGAUCAACUGCUGGCUGUCGAUGUGCCAAUUGUGAGUAACGAGGUGUGCAACGAAGAUUAUUCCGGGCUUAUCACUGAUUCCAUGUUGUGUGCUGGAGUGCGAGGUGUGGGCGGCAAGGAUGCCUGCCAGGGUGACUCUGGUGGUCCUUUGAUUGUGGACAAUAAGCUGCAUGGUGUCGUCUCCUGGGGCUAUGGAUGUGCUCAUCCCGAAUAUCCCGGAGUGUAUGCUCGAGUCUCUUAUUUGCGUGAAUGGAUCGACUCCAAGGUCACUUGCUCUUAAAUCAAGUAAUACAUAUGUAGUAAAAAAUUCCCAUUUGUCACAUGUCAUCCAAAUAAAUGGCCAAAUUCGCGCCCAUUAGUUGCGUUCAGAUUUA